GGGAGUCGCACCCGGAAGUGAAGUGGCGGAGCGGCGGCGCGCGCGGCAGGGCCCUGUGCCCAGCUUUCUUUGGACGAAGCUACCACAUCAGGUCGGCGCUGCGGGUGAGGCCGGCAAAUCCCUAGCGCGCAGGGGCAGCAUGCCAGGAGCACUUGGGGAGGCAGUGCGCGAAGGGAUUCACGCUGUAACUGGGACCGCAGCUGGGAACUACAGUUUCCGUAGUGCUUCACGCUCUCCCAGUAGGCUCUCCCGCCGGCGACGGCGUAGUGCACGCUGGGAUUUGUAGUCUUACAUGGCCCUGCGCAUCCUAUCUGGAAGGUGGGCCAGCGAUUGGUACCAGCUCAGACACCGGCACACGCUGACAGGCCGCUGGUCCUCGACUAGAGUGCUGUGACUGUUCCUGGUGCUGGUCUUGGUACUGUUUCUUCCUACUGUAACUUCUUGGAAGAAGGUGGCAUUCCUGCCCUACAACCUUUUUUCUUCAGUGAGGAGUGGACAGGGCACCUGAGAACCUUGCCCACGCUACUAUGUUUUCAGGCUACGGCGACCGGCCCAGCUGACCAUGGCCCUUUCUGCGGAGAGCGAGUCAUACAUCUAUCGAGCUCUGCGCACUGUCUCUGGGGCUGCCGCCCACCUUGUGGCCCUGGGCUUUACCAUCUUUGUGGCAGUGCUUGCCAGGCCUGGCUCCAGCCUGUUCUCCUGGCACCCUGUGCUUAUGUCUCUGGCUUUCUCCUUCCUGAUGACCGAGGCACUACUGGUAUUCUCUCCUGAGAGUUCUCUGCUGCGCUCCCUCUCACGGAAGGGCAGAGCACGCUGCCACUGGGUGCUGCAGCUGCUGGCCCUGCUGUGUGCACUCCUGGGCCUCAGCCUUGUCAUCCUCCACAAAGAACAGCUUGGCAAAGCCCACCUGGCUACACGGCAUGGGCAGGCAGGGCUACUAGCUGUGCUGUGGGCAGGGCUACAGUGCUCAGGAGGGGUGGGGCUGCUAUACCCCAAGCUGUUGCCCCGAUGGCCCCUGGCGAAGCUCAAGCUAUACCAUGCCACUUCUGGGCUGGUGGGCUACCUGCUGGGUAGUGCUAGCCUAUUGUUGGGCAUGUGCUCACUCUGGUUCACUGCCACUGUCACUGGUGGGGCCUGGUACCUGGCUGUGCUAUGCCCUGUCCUUACCAGCUUGGUCAUUAUGAACCAAGUGAGCAACGCCUACCUAUACCGCAAAAGGAUCCAACCAUGAGCUCUCCCCAGCCUAGGGGAAACCUGGAUUUGCCCCUCCAUGUGGGAGCUGGGGUUAAGGACCUCCUGGACUCUCUCAGCCGACUGGGUCAGAGGGACACCUCAGAUACUGGGGCAGUCAAGUUAAGAGAAGACCUGUGUGUGACAUUUUUGCUCCUCAUGCUAGAGUGCCUCCCUUUUCCUUCUCUCCAUCAUCCCAGAGGAGCAUAUGGAUCAUGUGUUUGAAGUUGGGGCUGCAAGACUGGCUCUCCUGCAAGGCAGUGCAUACUUACACUGGUAUGUCCAGACAUUGCAGGAGAGAAAAAAGUAAAAAAU